UUCACAGAAGCCCACGUAGUCACAGACUCACAGUGACAGAAACAGAAAAGCACAUCAAACAACGGAGAAAUUGAGCUCUGUGAACGAUGAUCAACUGUCUGCAACCUCUGAUUUCUAAAGCACCCACUUCUUUUUUUCCAUUAACUUCUGUUGGUUCCUCUUCUUUCUUGCGAAAUCCUAAGAGAAACUCAUGUGGGGUGAACAAGAUUUAUACGGAGAGACGAUUUGUUGGUGACAGGAGAGUAGGGAUUGUGUGUGGGUGGCUGCUUCCAGUGGAUCCAUGGGCACCGACUAUUGACUCAGAGAGCAUAGCCUCGCAACUAUUUGCUGUCUCUUUGUUUCCCUACAUUGGAUUCUUGUACUUCAUCACAAUCUCCAAGACCGCUCCUAAGCUUACUCUAUUUGGGUUCUACUUCUUGCUUGCCUUUGUGGGCGCUACCAUUCCAGCUGGAAUAUAUGCAAAGGUGCAUUAUGGUACAUCCCUGUCUAACGUGGAUUGGUUACACGGCGGAGCUGAGUCACUUCUCACUCUAACCAACUUAUUUAUUGUUUUGGGGUUGAGACAAGCUCUUAGGAAAGCCAGAGAUGCAGAACAAAUCAAAUUGAGGGAUGCUCCCAAUAUCAAAGAUGAGAAGAAGCCCUCCAUCUGAGUACAAGACACGGGUUUAGCUUUUUGUUUCUCGUCAUUCUCAUUACUACUUGACUACUACAUGCUCUUUUCCUUCUCGUGUUUGCUUUUAUAUUGGGAGCACCGGACACUGGAGUUCUUCUAGAGACAGAGUCGGAAUGGCUCAGUUUUUAUCUGCUGAGCUCUUUCAAUUUGGCUUAUUUCUGAAGGUCACUCUAAGACUACUAGGUUCCAACUUAUAGUUACUUAUUUUUCUCCAAAAUCCUUCAUGUUAUCUGUUGAGGAAUCUUGGGGUUUCGGGGGUGAUUGUUUCUGAACUUUUCUUGCAUCUCUCUCUGUCAAACAAAAUUCAUGUAUGUGUUUAGUUUCUUGUAAAUGAUGUACCUUUUAAAGAUAUCUUGCAAGUUCUAUUUGUAUACAUUCCUUUA